CAUAGUUUUCACGGACGUCACAACUGGGGCUUGUGGGAUAGGUGGCCGCCAUGAUGGUGAACUGCUAGCGCGGUGUUAUCGUUGGGUGCGUGUGCAGGUCCGAUAUUUUCGCGUUGUGCGGGUUCAGUAACAGCGCGGCGUCGCAAUGCCGAUGUGUGCGAUGACUGGCUGCAGUGCGAGAAGCACGUCUGCCGCACAGAAAAUGGACCUGGAGCCAAGAACCGGGCUCUACCGAUUGCCGAAAGUGAUAACUCGGCAAUGCGACCGCACGAAAGUGUUGUCGGAGCAGCGUCGUCGUCUCUGGCUCGCUCGCAUCAACAGAAAGGGCCUCAAGAACCUGGAUUACAUCCGUGUAUGCGGUCGGCGUUUCAUCUCAGGACAGCCAGCGAGUCUAAUGGACAACACAAACCCGGAUUGGGUGCCGAGCCAACACUUGGGAUACAGCAACCGCACAGCACCGGGCGUUAACUCUACUUCUCGGUACAAGCGCGCCAAAAAUCGGCUGGCAAAAAAAAAAAGAAAAGAAAGGUGGCCACAGCCGCGAACGCAGCUAACAUUCAGCCGGCAGAGGUUGACCAUCCUUCGCCUGAAAUGGUCGAUGCAGACGAUCACUUCAGUGAAGAGGCGCCUGCUGAAUUACUUUACCUCGCUCAACACGAUGACGCGCUUGGAGGGCAGCCGCUUUGCUGUCACGCCGCUCACACGGCCACUGGUGAAGUAGUUGUGAGCCUCAAGUGACAUGUAAGCUUUCAUUUCGGUGAGCGAUACGUGGUUCGUCCACAGCACCAAAUAGUUCACGAUGUCGGCAUGCGUCGUAACCGGUAGCAGCUCCACGUCCGUCGUCGUGUCAGUACCGGCGCACAACGUGUAGGGGUCAACUCCAUCGCACAUGCUGAUCUUCGCUUCAUAACGUGCACGCAUCGGACCCACCAGCUCGGCAAAAUAUGACGGGCAGAAUUCCUUCCGCCUGACAGGCGCCAUCAUUCAAACACUCGAUAGCUCGCAAGUAGCAAAAUCAAUGACUACCACGCCGACAGACUGCAGGAAGACAGCGAUGAACACUCGUGCGCACGCUUGGGCAUGCUCGCGCGCGUUUGUCGCUGUUCUCCAACAUGGCGGACACCGCCAGCAGACGACGGUGUGACGUCACAUGAAAACUAUGUAUAGAGACG